AUGCCCAAAAACGGGCGAGAAAAUGUGCCGAAACCGGGUGUGAGUUGUGGUGUGUGCGAUGAUCCGGACGACAGUCGGAUGGUAUGCUGCGACGACUGCGUGCCAGGAGGAACAAAUCAACAGACGGAAGGCACCCAAGAGCAGCAAAAGAAGUUAGUCUUGGAAUUUCGGAAGCAAAUGGCAGAUAUGGAACGUAGGUUCGACGAACAGCAGCAGACAUAUGAGAAAAUGCUUCAGGAGAAGGAUCGCGAGUUGAAGAAUACGGUUGAUGAUUUGCAGCACCAGUUCCAACGCCGCCUGGAGAAGAAAGAGCAACAAAUUCGAGAUGAGUUGCUUGCCCCGCCGGCUGUGCCGCCACCUAGUGCGAAUUCCACUACGCUAGGAAAUGAGAACCGCGUGGCGACGGAUAUGUGUCAGGUGCUCGAGCGAAUGGACAAACGGCUUCAGGAGAUGGCGAAAAAGCAGAGUCUAGAUACGAAGCGUCUUGAAGGAAGAUUAAGAGCGAUGGAAAUCAGCACUCGUGACCAAAUGCAGAGAAAUAGCAGUGGUUUGAACGUCGAUGCGGAUCCAUUCGAGCAGAAUCAUCAUUCUGACGUUCCAUCAGAAGCACCGUCUCACGAACUAAGUAGAAGUCAGCUUGCAGCGAGGCAUGCAGUGGCAAAGGAACUGCCCAUCUUCACUGGCAAUCCUGAGGAGUGGCCUCUGUUUAUCGCCACUUAUGAAAGCACCACCAAGAUGUGCGGGUUUAGUGACGAAGAAAAUCUGCUCAGACUUCAGAGAUCUUUAAAAGAUAAAGCUCUCGAGGUGGUAAGAAGCCGAUUGCUAUAUCCAGCUGGGCUUGAAGGUGUUAUUCAUACGCUACGUACGCUAUUCGGUCGUCCAGAGAUUAUCGUACACUCGCUAGUGUGCAAGAUUCGGGAAAUGCCUACACCGAAGACAGAGAAAUUGGAAACUCUGAUUGAUUUCGGUGUCGCAGUCCAGAACAUGUGUGCAACGAUAGUGGCUUGUGGAUUGAACGAGCAUCUGUGCAAUGUAGCACUUCUCCAAAAGCUUGUUGAAAGAUUACCACCGACCAUUAAGCUCGAUUGGGCGAAACAUCGACAAUCUUUACAAGGAAUCACACUGUCAGACUUCAGUACCUGGUUGGGUACGCUUGUGGAAGCAGCAUGUGUAGUUACGGUUCCGUCGUCAAUUAGUAUAUACGCUGCCAAGCCAGAGAAGCGUAGUCGAAAAGAAGAGGUCCACGUUCAUCUCGAAACCAGUUCUGGUCAGGCAUCGAGCUCAAUAGAGUCUCUGAAAUCAUACAACAAGCAGUGUGUAAUUUGUCUAGGGGGAUGCAGCAAUGUAGCCUCGUGUAAGAAGUUCCAAGAACUAGGUGUCGGGGCACGAUGGACGGCACUAAAGCAGAACAAACUCUGCAGGAAGUGCCUGGUUAAGCAUUUCGGAGCCUGUUCAGUAAAAGAAGCUUGUGGAAGAAACGGUUGUUCGUACAUGCAUCACAAACUGCUACACGAUGAUUUCAGAUACCAGCGAAAUGAGAGCAUACAAAUAUCGAUUCCUCGAGCUGGUGUAGAGACGCCUAACGAAACUUGCAACACUCACGUCAACAAAGUUAGCAAGGUUCUUUUUCGAUACAUCCCAGUACUUCUUCAUGGGCGAGGAAAGACUGUGCGCAUCUUUGCCUUUUUGGAUGAGGGUUCAUCAGUAACGCUGAUGGAACAUAGUUUACUGAAGGAACUUAAUCUUGAAGGCGAACCGCAUCCCUUGUGCCUUGGUUGGACGGCAGAUCAUCAGCGCCAGGAAACGAACUCCGUGGUGCUGCCGUUGCAGAUUUCUGGAACAAACGAUUCGAGCAAAUACCGGAUUUCUAAAGUACACACAGUACAGAGUCUCGCUUUACCUCGUCAAACUCUCGCGAUGAAGGAACUUGAGCAACAUUAUCAACACUUGGAAAAUUUGCCGGCUGACUCCUACCGCAAUAUUCGACCGCAGAUACUGAUAGGAAUGGACAACUGCCGGCUGGGUCACGCGCUAGAUAGCAGAGAAGGAGGAUUCAACGAACCAAUCGCCACCAGAACGCUUUUGGGCUGGACAGUAUUCGGCCCCUGCUCUAUGGCACCACAAUCAGAGACGGACUUUACAGCACACCACAGCUUUCAUGUGUGCCCGUGUUGCGAGCGGAACGAUGCCGAACUACAUGGUGCGAUGAAGGCAUACUUCUCAUUAGACAGCGUUGGAGUAAUGAAUCCUAUCAAACCACCUUUGUCGAGAGACGAUGAACGAGCGAAGCAGCUGCUAGAUUCUCUGACACACGUGAAGGAAAAACGAUACGAAACAGGACUGCUUUGGCGGUAUGACGAUGUCCGACUACCGGACAGUAAAAUGAUGGCCAUGCGACGACUGAUAUGUUUGGAGAAGCGAAUGCAGCGCGAACCGGAACUAGCUGAGGUGUUGAAGCAGAAAAUCAGAGAUUACGAGUGCAGCGGAUAUAUUGAGAAACUGAAUAAAAGUCACCUGUCGAAAGAAUUUUCACGAGUCUGGUAUCUUCCCAUAUUCCCCGUCGUAAAUCCUAACAAACCAGGGAAACUUCGCAUAGUAUGGGACGCAGCUGCAAAGGUUGCAGGAACAUCUCUGAACACUUUCCUGUUAACUGGUCCUGAUCAACUUAGUUCUCUUCCCUCUGUCCUACGCCGUUUUCGAGAAUAUCGAGUUGCCGUUACAGGUGAUAUUCGGGAAAUGUUCCACCAAAUUUCGGUGAACAGGAACGACCAACAAUGUCAGAGGUUUCUGUGGCGUGAUGGUGAGCAAGAUCGUAGUCCAGACGUCUACGCAAUGAAAGUGAUGACAUUCGGGGCUAGCUGUUCACCGAGCUGCGCGCAGUAUGUGAAGAAUCAUAAUGCGCAACGAUUCCAGAAACAGUUUCCGAGGGCGGCUGAGGCGAUUGUUAAAGAACAUUAUGUCGACGACAUGCUGUCCAGUGAGGAGUCGGAAGAAGAUGCGGUGCAACUUGCGAAGAAUGUUCGCUACGUUCAUGCAGAGGCCGGGUUUGAAAUACGCAACUGGCUAUCAAACUCACAAAGAGUGCUGCGAGAGCUAGAAGCCAGGCCGGGUGAGAAAAGCUUAAACCUAUCGAAUGAGAUGGGAACGGAGAAAGUUCUCGGCAUGUGGUGGUGCACUGCUACGGAUACGUUUACAUUCAAAGUAUCGCCGCGAAUUAGUUCCGACUUACUCCAAGCUCGUAUAAUACCAACCAAGAGGCAGGUCUUGAGUACUCUGAUGAUGAUCUACGACCCCCUGGGAUUAUUGGCACACUUCCUAAUGUUCCUCAAAAUACUACUUCAGGAAAUCUGGCGAAGUGGCGUUAAUUGGGACGAUCAGAUUAAGUCCGAGCAGCACGAGAAGUGGAAAACCUGGUUGCGAGUCCUCCCGCAGGUGGAAAAUGUCAAGGUACCGAGGUGCUAUCGAAUAAAGACCGGCGUAGGAGAGCAGAACGUGAUGCAACUUCAUGUGUUCGUAGAUGCAUCGGAGAAUGGGUAUGCUGCUGUUGCGUAUCUGCGGUUUGAGGAGAAUGGUGAAGUGGAGUGUGCGCUUAUCGGAGCGAAGACACGGGUAGCCCCAUUGCGGUUCGUGUCAAUUCCAAGAUUGAAACUUCAAGCAGCGAUAAUUGGAGCGCGUUUGGCGAACGAUGUCAUGGAGACACACAAGCUCAAACCCACGCAAAGAUUCUUCUGGUCGGAUUCACGUGAUGUUCUCUGCUGGAUUAACUCCGAUCACCGAAAAUACAGCCAGUUCGUAGCAGUGCGAGUCAGUGAAUUAUUGGAGAUGACUGAACCGAACGAGUGGAACUGGAUUCCGUCAAAAUUAAACGUAGCGGAUGACGCCACAAAGUGGCAGAAACUCCCAGAUUUGUCAGCUGAAAGUCGAUGGUUCCGCGGCCUGGAAUUUUUGUGGAUGUCGAGAAUUCAGUGGCCUGUCACAAUGUCGCCAAUUGGACAAACUGCGGAAGAAAAGCGUCUACAUGUGCUCCAUCACUCUGUACAGCGUUCUCUGUUUCGGUGGGAAGAUUUCUCGAAGUGGAAUAAGUUGAUGCGUGUAGUAGCGUUUGUUAAAAGAUAUCCAGCGAAUCUCAUCAGGAAACUGGCAGAAAAGCCCAUAGCCACCGGUCCACUGACUCAACUGGAGCUUAAGGAGGCAGAGCUGUUUAUUCUGAAGCAAGUGCAAGAUGCUGAGUUUGCUGCAGACAUAGAGCGACUGAAGAAACCGAACGCUGUGCCGUGGAAAAGAGUGAUACCAAAGAGUAGCACUCUAUACGGUCUCAGUCCCACGCUGGAUGAAGAUGGACUGCUGCGAAUGAAAGGUCGUAUAGACGCUUGCGAAUUUGCAGAGGAGUGUACCAAGCGCCCGAUACUGCUGCCGAAACGUCACCCAAUAACAGAUCUCAUCAUCAUGAGCAUCCAUCAGAAAUAUUGCCACAUGAAUCACCAGUCCGUGCUCAACGAAAUUCGCCGUAGAUUCUACGUACCUCAGCUCCGUUCUGUAUACCGUCAUAUGCAAGGUCGCUGUCAACUCUGCAAGAACCGACAGGCAAUGCCGGCUACACCAGAAAUGUCCGCUCUUCCGCCUACGCGAUUGAAAGCCUUCAGUCGCCCGUUCUCCUACGUUGGUAUCGAUUACUUUGGGUCAAUGUCGGUGGUUGUCGGCCGGAGGAUUCAGAAACGCUGGGGUGUGUUGAUCACUUGCCUCACCGUGCGAGCAAUACAUAUAGAGGUAGCCCACAGCCUCACAACAGACUCGUGUAUACUCGCCAUCAGAAACUUCGUCGCAAGAAGAGGUGCACCGAUAGAAAUCGUCAGUGAUCGCGGAACCAAUUUUAUCGGCGCCAGUCGCGAACUGAAGGAAGCGUUGCUGCAAGUGAAUCAGGAACAGAUUAUGAAACACUUCAUCACCACCGAGACCAAAUGGUCGUUUAAUCCACCCGCAUCCCCGCAUUUCGGCGGAGCUUGGGAACGCUUGGUGCAGACUAUAAAGAAGGCCCUUAAACACACACAACUCACACGCACACCCACCGAUGAGCUGCUGAGAAACAUGCUAACCGAGGUCGAACUAAUCAUCAACUCUCGACCGCUCACAGAACUGCCGCAAGAGGACGAUCUGUCCACUGCGUUAACCCCGAAUCACUUUCUGCUCGGAUCAUCCGACGGUUCUAAGCCCCCGAUCGCGUUUGAUGAUAGCAGCUAUGCACUGAGACACACCUGGAAGAUGUCGCAAGUUUACGCUAAUAGAUUCUGGCGACGCUGGGUUUCUGAAUACCUGCCAUCCCUGACACGAAGGACGAAAUGGUUUAAGCAGGUUAAGCCUAUAGCUGAUGGAGAUAUCGUGGUUAUUGUGGAUGAAACGUUGCCGAGAAAUUGCUGGCCAAAAGGUCGGGUGGUUCGUGCAAUCCAGUCUAAGGAUGGACAAGUUCGUCGCGCUCUUGUGCAGACUGCUACAGGAGUCCUGGAGAGACCAGCAGUGAAGCUUGCAGUAUUGGACGUUGGUGCGACUGUAAGUACAUCGGACCAGUGA